AUCUCUACUGUUUUGUUGUUAUUUGGAUAUAUUAGAUAACAUUUAUUUUUCCGAUUCAACUAUAAUAUUUUUGGGACUAUGGCGACAUAGGCGAUGAUCUAGGGUUUCGAUGCUUUCUCAAAAAUGGGAUCCUGGAAUUGGAUACGAGUUACAUAAUGGAGCAGAAGAUCAGCAAAGGAAGGAUUUGGGGGGUUCUGAAUUGAGAUCUUCAGAUCUCAGGCGAUUUGAAUGGGUUUUCGAAACAUGGAAUUGGGGAUUUUUGCGGAUGUUGCGGGUAUUUAACUGGAGCAUGAUUUCGAUUGUCAUCAAAACGGAAUUAUGGAGAUUUACAGAGCCAACUUCUCGGCAAUGGUGGUGACAUGAAGGAAGGAGAAACGGCUCGGAAAAGAAUGAAGAUCUCGGUGCCUCACUUUGAUAACUCGGCACUAAUCAAGACUUACUCUAAGUCCUUGAUUGGACGAUGCAUGAAUCCACCAGAGCAGGAAAUGAAGGCGCUCAUCCAGAACGUACCGAAGAUUUGGAAGCUGGAGGAAAGGGUUGUUGGAACGGACUUGGGUUUUGGCAAGUUUCGGUUCGACUUUGAAACAGAGGAGGAGAUAGAUACGGUACUGAAGCUGCAACCGUAUCAUUUUGAUUACUGGAUGUUGGCGUUAGCACGGUGGCAACCGAAGAAGUCGCAGCUCUUCCCAUCAGAGAUAACGUUCUGGAUUAUGGUGAUAGGUGUUCCGAUGGAGUUCAGGACGGUGCCUACCUUUGAGAGCCUCGGUGAUGCACUUGGACGAACAGUAGCAGUAGAUGUAGAGCACUGCAGAGUGCAGGUGGUGGUGGACGCGUUUCAGGAGCUUUGCUUUGAAACAACUUUGGACUUCAAGGGUGGAGAAUUUUACGAGGGGGAGGAAGCAGCAAUAUCAUUGAGGUAUGAGAAGCUCUUUGGAUACUGCCCACUUUGUUCUAGCUUGUGCCAUAAGGAGGAGAAAUGCCCUCUUGCUAAGAAGGCAUUGCCUGAGAAGAAAAGAGAGGGUCGAGAAGGAAAUGGAGGAUGGUAUGAUGGUGGGAAACACGAUGAUCGAGCUCGGAGCUAUAAGGGAGUGGUCAUAAAUGGAAAUCAGAAUCAACAACACAAGGAAAGAGACGGUAGGGACUACUAUGGGAAGGGUAAAGGCAAGAUGGUGGAAGAGGCUGACUCAAAAUGGGUGAAAGUGGCUGAUAGAGGCAAUAAGGGGCCUUUUACUAAUCACAGGAGCUUUAGGGGUGAGGGAGAUGGUUCUCGACAUAGAUCUUCCCGAAGAGAAGAACCCCGGGCUGAGGGUCAGGGGCAGGGAGGAAGUAAUAGAUCCUCCUCAGGUCAGUCAGGAGCUCCAAAAGAAGUAGUUCAGGAGGAGGGAGAAAUAAAAAAUCCUAAAGAGUCUGAGAAAACUCUCCCCUCUCAGGAUUUUCAAGAAGAGCUGGCCAAGACUCAAGCUGUAGGAUCUGAGGUAAUUUUGGACCCUAUGGAUGCAGAGGAAGGGCUUCAGAUGAUCAAAACCUGAUAGUGGAACCGUCAACUUUGGAGGAUGAUAAAGUACUGGACAUGGACGAGUGUAGAGCUAUCUGUCUUGAGCAUGGGAUAGAUAUGGAUGCAGCAGACGAU